AGUCACUUUUUCCGCUUUAGAACCCGAACAACGAAAAAUGCAUUUAGUACUGGUACACGGAUAUUUGCUCGGUGGUUCAGGCUCCAAUGUCUACACUGCUAACAUUGCCAAAUCGUGGAAGCGACAGGGUCAUGCGGUGACGAUACUCUGCCAAGAUCCUCAUGCUGAUCGUUUGGAUUUUGUCGACGAAUUCAUUGUCGGCAACGACAGUAUUCCGUCCUCCGCCCCCUCGGCAGGCAGUAUUCGAGUCGUAGUACCAGACAUUCAUGGGCUGCUUCUUGUCUAUUGGUACGAUCUCUACGAGGGGUACGAGGUGAAGACGAUGGUGAACUGUUCUUUGGAGGAAAUCGAAGCGAACAUCGAAGGAACAGCGGACGGCUUGAAGAAGGUGAUCGCUCAAGGCGUCGAUAGAAUACUGGCGAAUCAUGCGAUCUUGAGUCCGGUGAUAACGAAACGAGCCACGGAAGGCACGGGGAUUCCAUACGAUGUCAAAAUACAUGGAAGCUCUCUGAUAUUUUCCGUGAAAAACCGUCAAGAGCUAAGAUCCUACGCUUUGGAAGGAAUAAAGAGUUGUCGCAAACUGAUCGUCGGGGCGAAGUACAUGGCGAGCUUUGUGCAAGAAAUAUUCGAGGUGGAGAAAGAGGAGAUGGGUCUGCCCGGAAAGAUCCUCAUAAUUCCUCCAGGCAUGGACCCUGACGUUUUUCAGCUCGGUGGGUCUAUAGGCGAGAGGCAAGAGGCGUUUUUGGCGAGUGCAAAAGAUUUUAUCACGCGAAAGCCUGGAGGGAGAAGAGCAAAUAAAGUCAAACUUCCGGGUCACGCAACUGUCGAGUUACAGAAGGCAUUAGAAAGCGUUUCAGAGUCUUAUGACCUGCGAGCGGCUGAUGCAGACCUUUGUGAACGCUGGAUUCCUCUGGAAGAAGAUGAGCCACUUAUCUGCUUCUUUGGCAAGUUUCAAGAAACCAAAGGAGUCGGGGAAUUAUUACUGGCUUUUGCGACGAUUGUUGAACGGAUUCCGCGGGCCAGACUGUUGUUGAUCGGAUAUGGCGGUAACCGCGAGAAUUUGGAGGGAAUGCUGGAGGCGAUGGUUCAAGGAAGUUUAGCAGCCUUCAAGGCCUACGCUGAAGCAGGAAACUUCGUGGAUCUCCCUCUGGAACCUGAGAAAUUCUUCCGCCAGAUUCCUUCGGGAAGGGUUACAAUGACAGGUCUCCUAGAACACGGCCAACUAAAGGAAAUCCUUCCUCUCUGCAGUCUCAGUGUAAUGGCAUCCAAAGCCCUGGAAGCCUUUGGAAUGGUCUCAGUAGAAGCUAUGGCUGCCGGGGUCCUUCCCCUCUGUCAUGAUCACACGGGAAUCUCAGAUGUCAUUGGUGCUGUCAAAGAGGUGGAUCCUGAGUUAGGAGAUCUGAUGCGCUUGGAGGUACGUCCAGGUGGCGCUCAUGGCGUAGCAGACGGCGCGUUUCUGGUGGAGCAGUUGCCAAACAAAGUAGAGAAAGCUCUUAAGUUCAUGUAUCCUAAUGGUUUCCGUGAUCACAGUAAGCGAUGUGAGGUGUCCGCUAAGCUGAGGGAUGUGGCAAUAGCCAAGUUCUCCUGGGAUGUUAUUACCAGCAGCAUCUUAAAAGAGUAACAGAUUGAGUCUCAAGCCUAACUAUCUUUUCAAAUUUGAUUCAAAUUGAAUAUUGAUUCUCAAGUACGUACAUUACAUCAUGAUUCAUAGAAAAAAAAGAGAGAGAGGAGAUCCACGCUAUCUUUAGGUGAAAGAGAGCAAGAGAACGAAAUUGGAAUUUUCUAUAUAGUCAUCGGAUAAAAUGAUUAUUGUUAUUGAUUUAGUGGUUAGUGUCUUAGUCGUUUAACCUCCAAAUUUUUAUUUUCUCUCAUACUGUCAUCAAAUUUACCAGAGAAUAAGAGCAGCCGGAAAUUUGUCCAAAACUUAUGCCAGGGAGGUAGUCUUAGUUUUAUCAAAGGGAUACUUCCAACAUUUGAUCACUUUUAUGUCUGUACUAAUUGCUUGUCGGGUGUAGAAUGAUAUUGCAAUGAAGGCAUUCAUUUCAAAUGCUUUCCUUUUCCGUUAUUGACACUGCGCUUGACAUAUGGCAACAUUUUGUCAACUCAAUUAAGUCUCAUCUGCCAUGGAUAAUGAUCGGAAAUAAAAAAUCUUAAUU